AAACUGGCUGGUAGCCAGGGGCCGUCUAUUUAAAAGCGCCCGCUCGGCCGGAGCCCCGUAGUCUCUUUGGAAACUUCUGCCGUGGGGGCAAAAGAGCUAAGAAGGAGCUGCAAAGCGGUUGGGGGUUUUCCUUUUUUUUUUCUUUUUCUUUUCUUUCUCCUUUUAAUUACCCCCUCCGCCGAUUGCACCCUUCUCCCGGCUUCACGCAGAACCUGCGAGUUUCCAAGAGGUGGUGGGAAAGUGGGCGAAAGGAGGUGUUAGGGUUGGGGCUGGGUUGGGGGGAUUUUUUUUCUUCUUCUUCUUAUUCUUCUUGAUUUCAGCAUUUUCCCCCAUCCUCUCGGCAGCCGCCGCCACCUCUUACCUGUUCCGCGGCAGCGCUUCUGCCGCGCCGCUGGCGGCUGAGGCUUAGAAGGUGUCCUUUAGAUUUUUCAACCAAUUUUUGGACUCCAACCCCAUUUUUCUCCACGCCCUCCCCCACACCUCACCCCGCACUCUUCUCCACCGCCUCUGAGCUCAUUAUUCCUGUAGUGGCUUGGGGCGAACAAUUUUUGGGCUCCCCCCGCCCCACCACCACCACCACCACCGCCACCACCACCACCACCCCUGCCAUUCUGCCGAGGGCCGGCGCCAGGGUCUGUCUCCCGGGUCUCGCCUCGCUCGCCCUGCACCUGGCGCGGCUCUUUUUCAUGCAACCUGUUGCAACUGUUUAAUCCUUGCAGCGGGGACUUGCUCGCGCGCACCCCCCACCCACCCACCCACCCACCCCGCCCUCCAUCUCUGCCUGCGUUUUUGCAAUUGUCUGGAGGAGGGCCACCUGCUCUACCUGUCAGACGUUUGUUUUUCCCUUUUUUUUUUAAACCCUCCACCACCUCCGGGCUCCCCUUUCUCCCCGGCGCUCUCGCUCUCCUGUCCCGCCCCACGAUCCAAGGGAGAGACCCAGCGAAGAUGGUGCUCACCGCGGUCCUCCUGCUGCUGGCCGCCUGUGCGGGGCCGGCUCAGAGCCUCGGCUCUUUUGUGCACUGCGAGCCCUGCGACGAGAAAGCCCUCUCCAUGUGCCCCCCCAGCCCCCUGGGCUGCGAGCUGGUCAAGGAGCCCGGCUGCGGCUGCUGCAUGACCUGCGCCCUGGCCGAGGGGCAGUCGUGCGGCGUCUACACCGAGCGCUGCGCCCAGGGGCUGCGCUGCCUCCCCCGGCAGGACGAGGAGAAGCCGCUGCACGCCCUGCUGCACGGCCGCGGGGUUUGCCUCAACGAAAAGAGCUACCGCGAGCAGACCAAGAUCGAGAGAGACUCCCGCGAGCAAGAGGAGCCCACCACCUCAGAGGUGGCCGAGGAGACCUACGCCCCCAAGAUCUUCCGCCCCAAGCACAGCCGCAUCUCCGAGCUGAAGGCCGAGGCCGUGAAGAAGGACCGCAGGAAGAAGCUGAGCCAGUCCAAGCUGGCCGGGGGCGCCGAGAACACCGCCCACCCCCGCGUCAACGCCGCGCCGGAAAUCAGACAGGACUCUGAGCAGGGCCCCUGCCGCAGACACAUGGAGGCGUCCCUCCAGGAGCUCAAGGCCAGCCCACGCAUGGUGCCCCGGGCCGUGUACCUGCCCAACUGUGACCGCAAAGGAUUCUACAAGAGAAAGCAGUGCAAGCCUUCCCGUGGCCGCAAACGUGGCAUCUGCUGGUGCGUGGACAAGUACGGGAUGAAGCUGCCCGGCAUGGAGUAUGUGGACGGGGACUUUCAGUGCCACACCUUCGACAGCAGCAACACCGAGUGAUGCGUCCCCACCCCCCUCCGGCCCCCCACCUCGCCCCCCACCCCACCCCACCCCACCCCCCCAGCCGGCGCCUCCCUCCACCCCCAGGACGACACUCAUUUCAUCUCAUUUAAGGGGAAAAAAAAAUACUUAUCUAUUUGAGGAAACUGAGGACCUCGGAAUCUCGAGCGAGCACUUGGAAUAUGGCAGCAGCAGAGGACAAAGCUAAGGAGACACCCCCCGACCCCCAACCCCACUUUUCAAUGAUUUUUCUUUUUGAGGCAAGUCCAGUGAACAGAGAAGGGAAGAGGAAGCAGGAGGAAAGGAGGGAAGAGGCCCAGCGAGAGGCAGAUGGGUUAGGGGAAGGAUGGGGCAGAGAGGCCAGAGGGUGGGGUCACUGGGUCCAGCAAGGACCGUGCAAGCGACAGUUGUCGCCCUGUGGUCCAGCCCCAGAAAUGUCCGUCAGGGACCCUGCGGUUGGUCCGGCUUAGGGACUGGGCACUUGGGAGAGAAAGGAAAAGGCAAUCGGGAAUCAAUCCUGUCCUCUUUGUCCCCACAAAUGAGGCUUGAACGCCGUCCUUCCACCCCACACCGUCCCGGCCAGGGGCUCUGUUCCCCCCGGCAGCCCCGCCAGUGAGGUGGAGAGACAGUGGCUGGGUAGGGCUUCCUAUGCCGAGAGUGGCAGGAUGGGGACGUGCAGAUUUGCCCGAGUCUGCUCCUGGCCCGGUAGUUCGUGGGGGAGAUUCAUUCUUCCAGGCUAGCCGGAAAGAUGUGCCUUUGCCUUCAGCCUCUCUUUUACAUUGUUCCACUUGGGAGGGUGAAAAAGAAAAAAAUAGUCGACUGGCCAUCUAGAGAUGGACCAAUCAUCUUCCCUCUCUUCCUUCCUCUCAGAAAGUUCCCAUCAGUUACUCAGAGUAGCCCCGGGAAGGCAUUCAGCGGGUCCACGCCCUGGGGGAACCGAGAAAGCCCCUCGCACAGGAUGGGAGGGGUGGGGGGUUCUCCCUGGACUCCUGUGAGCAGAGGGUUUCCUACAGGCCACCUGGCCCAGGAGAUUUGAAAACUCCGUGGUGCGUCUGUCCCCAUUGGGACUCGCACACCCUCUGGAGCAGCAAGUGCCUCCCCUCGGAGGCCACCUGCCCCAGCCUUGCCCUCUCUCCAGGACAGACCCCGCUUUGGGGAAGCCCCUCGGAGCCUGCAGGGAGGGAGAUGGAUGCCGAGAAGAGAGUCCGGGACAGGGCGGGCGAGAGUGGGCAGGCUCGUGGGAGCCACAGGGGCUGGAGGAAAGGGAGCUGACGGGCCCCCUAGGGGAGCAGGGCGAUGCAGAGGGGGACGGGAGGAAGAGAAGAGGUGGUGCAGCCUUGGGUCCCCAUCGAGAAGCAGAUUCCCGAGGGAGGAGAGAGAGAAGAGGGAGAGGACGAGGCAGGAGAGAGAGAAGGGAGCUGAGCCCAGCCAGAGAGGCGCAGAGGACUCUGUUGAGAAGCUGGACUGGCCCCAGGGGGCCGAAAGAGACCUUGGCAUGGAAGGGGCAAGAGGAGGAGGCGCUGGGCUGCCCUGUCCCCGCCUCCUCUCUGGGCGCAGGACGGCCAGGACACUCCAGAGGUGCAGCCAGACGCCGAAGGAAGGAAACCCUCUGCUCCUCUCUCACCUCCGCCACACACCCUGGCCUCAAGGGGCCCCGGCACCCAUGUGGACCCUGCCAAGACGCUGUCCGUGCUGGAACCCAGCCCUCUCGCCCCUCCCCUCCCACAACGCCAUGAAGACACACCCCCCCACCCCCAGCAACAGCAGACUGGGGGCCAGAGCGGGAGGAGCGCAAAGGAGCAAACCCAUUGCAGCUAUGGAUGGCAGCCUGCAGCUAAGGAACUGGGGGGCUUAGGGGGGUCCCAGACCCGAUGCAGACAGAUGGCUCAGGGGCGGGGGGGGGGGGAACGUGAUCCGCCCUCGAAGACAAAGGAGUCUGAUGGGGACAGCAGUCUGCUUGGCCAGCUGGGCCCCCACGCUCUCUGCGCCACGACCCCGAAACCCCCAACUUGCCUUUCUGAGUCUGAGGCCAAUAGCUGUUCCUGCAUGCACACACAUACACAUGCACACACAGGUCACACACACACACACACACACACACACAUAUGCACGCACGCACACCCUCUGCCCAACUCACUGGGCUGCCUUUCCCCCUAAGACAAAGACUGAGCCAGGAAUCACGUGCCCUGAUGCCCCACCCCUUUCCUGGACCACCACUGCCCCCCACCCCACCAACUGUCUGCCAGGCUUCUGCGGCCUCACCCCGGGCUAGGGGUUGGGGGGGGACCCUUUGUUAUCAGUCAGACAGCGGGGAGCUGGUCUGGGUUCACGGGUAGGGUCUGGCCCGCUCACCCGGCAUCUGCAGAGGGGGCCGGCCAGGGCUUCUCUCAGACCCUCAUGGCCGAGCUGGGGCCCCCAGAGCGGGGAGCAGGAAGAGAGGGAGUAUGGAGGGUCCUGGCCCAAGACCCCAAGCCUUCGCCCCGACUUCCUAGCCGCCCCACCUUCAUGCCGCCAGCGCCUUCCUGGGCAAGAGGUCUCUGCACAUCUCCCACCCCACCCCAUGUGGACUCAGGCAGGGAAGAUUCUGUCCCUGCCCCCCCCACACCCACCGCCUCACCUCUGCUCAGAGAUGCGGGGGCUCUAGCCAGCACCGAGGCUGAGCUCAGAGCUAUGCCCCACCCCACAGCAGGCCGGGCAGCCAGGGAGGCAGAGACAGGUGUUUCUGGACCGCCAGGCCUGAACGGAGACAGACGGGUCUGGGAUACGCAACCCCGUCUCCCCCGCAGCUCUCCGUGGCUCCCCGGGGACAGGGCCUGUCAGAGAGCCAGAGGGGCCAAGGAGAAGUGGAGUCUGGUCCCACUUAGGGUGGGGGACGAGGGGGAAGGAAGAUCCCAGCUGGCCCAGGACAGGAGGGGGCACGACCCCCGGCAUCCUACUGUCUUUAUUGUUGAAACCACUAACGUGCAAAGCGCUCCUUUUGCACCCUUCGCUUGCUGUUCCUUAUUCUCCAGGGACUCCCCGGGGUUUGCCCCCUGGAGUCCUAGUUUAGCCGUUUCCACACCCCCCUCCGGUGAAUGCCUUGGGGAUGGGGGGAGAGGAAAGGUGGGGGGUGUCAGACAAAGGGGGGGGCGCCCAGGCACCCCUUCCCGCCUCCUCAGCCACCAGCACCAUCCCCCGACAACACAGUAGCCCACACGGAUAGCCGGACCGACCGUUGCAGACAGCAGCUCUCCGAUUCCGAGGUGCCUGCGGCCGUUUAUGAUAGAAGUAGCCGCCACACGUAUUAACACUAGUUCUGUAGUUGACAUGCAUACAUACAUACGUAGCACUAGCCUCUCUCUCUUUUUUUUUUGUUGUUGUUGUUUGUUUUCAAUUUUUUUUUUAAGUAAGUGCUCAUAAUCUUGACUGGUGAAAAGGAUGGAAAAAAAAUUUAAAGAAAUAAGCCCACAAACAAAAGUCGUUUGUGAAAAGAAAAGGAACGCGGGAAGAAAACCCAACUCACGAGACCGUGGAAGAGCUUUGUUCCCUGUGUAGCAUUUUGUACCUAAGGAAAUAAAAAACCAAAAAAAAAUAAAAACCCCAACAAAAAAAAUAAUAAAACACCCCACCUUAAAAAACAAAUAAAAAUAAUAAUAAACACAGAUCUCACGUUUUAUUACGAAAGUGAAGAUCGCUGUACACUAUUUAUUCAACGUAUAAUUUAUGUUACUCUCUGAUUUGUCUUUUGUCGUGACAAAGCAUUUAUUUAAUAAAGUGAUGCGUUCAGGUC